GGUCAGGGGAGAUCCUCGACAGCUAGAAGAUCAUGACACCACAAACCGGAAUCCAGAAGAGGGGUAAUGAAUUGGCAACGAGUUAUAAAUGACUCUUGAGCGCCACGGCCCAGCCUCCUUGUCGGAAGGGGCUUUCGGGCUUGACUGACGUUUAUUCUUUCAUUGAAGUUUGAAUCAGACAUUCUGCCCACCAUGCUGUUCUAUCAGAUUGCACCCCUCGCCCUUUGGGUAAGCAAAGGCGCGGCGAGUGGCAGCCAGCUCUUUCAGGAUACCUUCCAGUUGAACAAGCUACCCGACAUGGUUUCACUGGCCGAUGCCAAACUUAAAGACAUCGUACUCCCGGACUCCAUGGCUGACUUCACAGAGUGGAUCGGAGGUGGCUCGGAAUUACAAGCCUUUGGUUUACGCCCCAGGCAACAGCAGUGUGUCGAUGCAGGAUAUUAUCCGUGCUCGAGCGGUCUCGGAUGCUGUCCUGAAGGCAGCACCUGCGUAUCCAGCGGCUGCUGUCGGGGUAACGCCAAACAAUGCGGUGCAGGUCGAUGCUACAAUCCAUCAUCGCAGAUCUGCUGCAGUAGCGGUACAGCUUGUCUCAAAAGUCAGACCUGCGUUAGUGGAGGCUGCUGUAGUAAAGGCGAGACUAAGUGCGGCUCGUCCGGUUGCUAUAACCCCAACACUUCAGUUUGCUGCGGUGGUAUAGGUAGAAACUGCCCCAAGGGAUAUGACUGCAUGUCAGGUGGUGGAUGCUGUCCCUCUGGUCAGAAGCGUUGUGGCAAUAGCAAGUGCUAUAAUCCACGAACAACUACUUGCUGUACUGGCCCUGGCACUGUUUGGGCUUGUCCGAAGGCUAGUGAGUGCUGUUCUACUGGAUCUUGUGCCAACCCCUCGACGCAGAAGUGUUGUGAGAACGGAUCAUGUCUGAAAGGUACUACGUGCUGCGAUAAAGAGUGCUGUCGCUCAAAUGGCUACUGUGCCUCUGAUGGGUAUUGCAAGAUAUGCCCUGCUGCUACGAAGACCAUCAAGUCGACGGAUACAGUCACUACCACCAAGAUGAAGACUGUGCGAGUUACGACCGACAUCGAGCCUGAUACUGGCAACGCUCCUGAGUUUACUUGCGUCCCUAUGACGGCUACUAAUGAUGAGGGUGCGACGCUUGAGCUUGAUGAGGGCUGUACUCUGCACUAUGAACCUCCUGAAGCUACCACGACCGAAGAUGGCGCUGCUCGUCUUCGUCGUGAUGCCGCGACAGCACCUGCCCAUGUCAACAGAGGAAAUGACCUCUUGGCCAGACAAGCAUCCUGCACGCCGUAUACAACCCUGACAAGGACUGAAUGGGAGACCGAAACCGAGACUGAAACUGGUACCAAGACCAUCACGGUGCAAGGCGAAGAUGCGACAUUCUCUUGCCCUGAGAUGGAAGUCACCAACGAUGUCGGCGAUACUCUUGCUCUUGAUGCUGAAUGUGUGUUGUCAUUCACACCAGCUGAAACUACAAGCUCCGAGGAGGGAGCGUCAGCACAAGAUCAGCCGACGGAUGAGCCCCAGGUCCCUGCUGGAACUGGGGAAGAAACAACCGCUACGGUGACAGCUACGGCAGGGAGUGGAAGUUCGAAUGACAACGGUGGUUCUGCUUUGAGAGUUUCUUUGUCACUAAUGUUGAGUUUUGCUGGAGUUGUUAUGUUCGUGGUUAUCGUUUAGUGUAUGCGUUUGGACCGCGGUCGAUUCUGUCAGUGGUGGUUUUCUUGUAAAUAGUCCUCUCCCUCUUGAUUUAAUAAUUAUAUGGCCUCUACCUGACCAAACUCAAUACAAAUAACUCAAAG